GCAACACUGGUCGCUUGUAUCGUCAUUCGUCAUGCGUCAUGGUAGAAUGUGAAAAUGUCUGUAACAAGAUGUGAUAAAUGGUUCUCAAAAUCGAAGAUUUCAACUUUAUAAACCCGAAAUUAAAUCAUUAUAUAAAUGAAAAUUCGGUAUUAGUGAGCUUCAAUAAAAUAUUAAUUAAAUUCUCGGAGUAUCUUUGGCCUCUGCAAGACUGUGAAACGCGAGUAUAUUGCGUAGGCAGGGCAAUGGUAUUGUCAAAGAUACCUGGUCGAAAAAUAAACGUGAAUGUGGAGUGCAAUUUCAAAGAUUUUCAUGAAAAACUCUGGUGAUAUUAAGGUGGAAAGUGUCGAGACCGCUGCGAACGUAAUGGACCGAGGAGAGAGAAGAAACAUGGACAUGGAGGAUGCGUUUAUAACCAGACAAGCGAAGCAGAGGGCAGCAGUAAAAUGGCUUCUGUCGAAAACCUUCAAUAACAAAGUUCCAGAAAAUUUGAAAGAACCCUUCUACCGGGAUCAUGAGAAUCAAGAACACCUGAAACCUCAGAUUGCUGGCGGGCUGGCCAAUGCCGAGAUCUAUUGCCUGGCUCUCGGCAACAUCUACUCGGAUCCCAAUUACCACAACCUCAACCACUGGGCGAUCCUGCAGACCCUGGCCAGGAAGGGAGUUUUCGGCACCGAUCCAUCGGACAAUCAGCUCACCGAGACCACUUUGAUCCAGACGAAUCCACUUCGAAUGAACUGCCACAUGGCGGUAAUCGAAAUGAUAAUGCUGCUCUACACCAGGGAGGUGGUGACGUCUGACCGCGUCAGGGCGGCCGUGCAGCGGUUCAGUCACGACAGGACGGCGGCGGCGGCGGCAUCAGACGAUUCUGAACAAGGCCUGCUCCUAUCGUGGGUGGCGCAUGCGUGCCAGGCGCUGCGCAAGCGCGUGGAGCGGGAGACGGAGGGGGGCGGUAUGACGAACGGCGGCGGCGGGGGCGAUAGGUUGAAGGUGCCCGACUUCCCGCCCUUGAGAGAGCUGAAAGACUUGUGCGACGGCGUCGGGCUGGCUGCCCUCAUCUCCUACUACUGCCCCGACGACCUCCAUUGGACCGAGAUCAGGGUGUCGCAGAUGCCCUCCGUGCAGGACAGCAUCCACAACUUGAGGCUGGUGCAGGAUUUCUGCGCGAGCUGUCUGCCCGCUUCGAUUUUCCAUCUGAUGCCGGAAGACGUCACUUAUAUGCGAGAUUCGAUGAAGCAAAACCUCAUCGUCUUCCUUGCCGAUCUUUUCAAUGUGAUAGAAAUCAAUCCCGCCAAAUGUGUGCGGUAUCCUGGUAUGGACAAAGUCAAUAAUGAAGUUAUGCCCCCGAGCAACUUGCACGGGGUGAUCCAUAAACGUAACCUGGUCCAGACCGUGAUGGCGCCCAUACCGGAUCUGCGUAGCGGCAUCGAUGACCACGCAGAUCCUACCGCCUUCCAAGUGUCAAGAUCUACGCCGACGCAUCUUCCUCUCAGGAAAACGAACUCUCUUCAACAGAGCAUGUCCGAGAUGACGGAAGACAGUUUGCGCCGUGGUUCAGAAGAUUCUUUCGUCGUUCACAGGGGCAAGAACAUACCAACACUCAAAUCCGUCGUCCAGGAUGAACCACUUAUCCCUGCGAGGCUAAAAGUUAACAAAGAAAAACAUAACAACGAUAGUAAAGCUGAUGAAAGAGGGGAAAUGGCUGCUGGAAGACCCAGCAAUUGGGAGGAUACCAGGAAGAGUACCUUUGCUGGUAGAAGGAGCAGAAGAAAUUCUGUAUCUGAUGAUUCUCAGUUGACAAUAGAGAAUUUUGGUGGUAGUCAGGAUAAUUUAAACUUCAUAGGGAGAAAUCCAGAUAAGGAGGUUGCUGUACACGUAGGAAGGAAAAUAUCCGCCCCCUCCUUUCCCGUAGCGCAGGAAAAUCUCCCUAUCAGAUCGACCUAUCAGGACGCGCGAGGCUCCUUCCAGCUGGGCUACGACAACGGCUGCGAAGAAAAGCAGGACAACGGCACGGAAAAACUGAAGCUGAAGCGGCAACUGAGCAGCGACGACAUCACCUUCAGACAAAUUCCCUUGAGCUUGAACAAGGAAAGCCUCAUCAGGGAUCUGGUGGAUGGCGAGGUGAAGAAAAUGAGCUUCGCCGACCUGGCCAAGCAGAAGCUGAUGGCCGACAACCAGGCCAUCCAAACCGUCUACAUGAACGACAAGGAGGAGUACCAGAAACCGGGUCACGUGAACGGCAACGAGAAGAAGACCACCACCUUUGCCGCCCUGCCGAAUACGACGACUUGGCAACAACAGAGCGUUCACAGCCAGCAGCAAGGGGACAACGUUAGGGACGACGCGAAGUCGCCCAACAACGCGAUGACCAUUCAGCUCAACGAUAUCAGGAUGAAGCUGGAGGAGAAACGGAGGCACAUCGAGAACGAGAAGAGGCGGAUGGAGGUCGCUCUGAACCAGCAGCGUCAGAAAGUGGGCAAGGCAGCGUUCCUUCAGGCGGUCGUCAAGGGAAAAGGUAAUUUACUUAAAACAACCCCAACCGACGUCGAGUCUAACAACUCGGCAGAGGGCUCUGAAACGCAAAGCCCCUCCACUGAUUCUGCACCCUCACCAAAACCCCAGAGGCCAGUUAACUUGCAGGAAAUCGAUGAUGUUAAUAAUGUUGACCGCAAAUGGUUAGAUGAGGGACAACCCUAUGUGGAGACGAGGACUCCUGAUUUAGAAAACAUGGACUUGGAACAGUACCAAAGAUCCAUGGCUCAAAUGAACUCUAGUCUACACGAUAUCCAUUCGGAUAUGCAGCGGUUAGCUUCGCAGCAGAAUCAGGUACCACAGCACGUCCAGCAGAGCUUCGUGACGCAGCAAUCGAGGCCGAUCCAGAUGAUGCAGUCGCAGCCCCAUUACCAGAGCAUGCAGACGCAGCCGCAGGCCGUACCGCAGUACGCGGUGCAGCAGUCGUACCAGCCGCAGAUGUAUCAGCCUCCUCAGCAAGUUUAUCCCUCGCCGUUGCAAUCGUCAGCCAGCGCACCGCACAUCCCGCAAACGCUCUACUCCCACCACCACCACCAGCCUCCUCCUCCGCAACAGCAGCAGCAGCAGUUCUUCCUGCACGAGCCGGUGCCGUCCCCCGUCGUCUCGCCCGCCCCCUCCCCCGCUCAGGUGGCGCCGCCGCCGCGACGCACGUGGUCGCAGCCGGUGGCGCCGCUCGAGCAGUGGCAGCAGCAGCAGCAGCCGGAGAUGCGGUCGUGGGGCAAGCCGCAGAGCGCGGGCGGGUUCGUGCUGCAUGAGGACAGGUACGAUCCCAGAUAUCAAGAACAGCCUAGGUACCAAGAAAGCACCCGUUAUUCGGAGAGUCCGCACUAUCCGGAGAGCCCCCGAUAUUCGGAAAGCCCUCGAUAUACAGAGAGCCCACGAUAUUCGGAAAACAGAUACCAUAACGGCGACGAACACAAGCUCCAUCAUUCGAACAGUUUUACCCUGAGUCAACAACACCAUCAGAAUCCCCCGUAUAGCACUUCUCACAGCACGCCGUCGGCAUCACCACAACACCGAAAUAUUCACAGACAAAUUUCUCAGCUUCUAGAGGAAGGAAAACGGGCUCCCGUUAGUUUGCAGCAAAUCGAUUCGCGAGAUAGAGAUCAGCCGCAAAGGAAGUCCAGCGUCAUUCAUGCCCCUAUACCCGCUCCUUCGGCCGACGAUAUGGAACCUCAGAAUAUUUCAUUCAUUGGAAACGCCACCGAGAAGCUAAGCGAAAACCUGAGCCGGCUGAACAUCACCUCGGGCACGCGCACCUACCGCAUCCCGUCGCCCACCCGCCCGGCGCGGGCCUCCUUCCACCCGCCCGCCUCGCCCUCGCCUCCCGCCCAGCGGGAGGUGGGCGGGCCAGAGGUGGGCGUGGACGUCGACGAAGACCCCGCCCACCGGAAGGGCUUCUACAUCAGCUUCGACGACGACCAGCCGAAGCGGCCGAAGCCGCCGCUGCGGGUGAAGCGGAUGUCGCCGAAGAAGGAGCGGAGCUACGUGGAGACGGCAGAGGAGACGCAGCAGAGGAGGGAAAACCAUGACAGGCAAGAAAAGAGGAAACAACUUGAAAGAGAAUUGGAAGAAGAGAGGUUCAGGAAAGAGGACGAAGACAAGAGGAGGCAGGCCUUGAUCGAACAGGAGAGGGAGAAACUUAAAGCCAAACGAGAAGCUAGUCAAGAAAGGCAAAACGUCAAUGCUGCCAGUGCUAUAAUUAUAGGAAAUGAUUUAAAUAACCCAGAUCCAGAUUUGGAUUACGAGAGAGAACGAAAGAAGGAGAAGAUCAUGUUGUUGUCGUUGCAAAGGAAGCAGCAACAGGAGGAAGCGAGGGUGCGGAAAGAGGCCGAGGGGCAAGCGAGGCGGGAACGGGAGAGGAUGAAAGAGGAAGAGAAAGCGAGAAAGAAGGAGGAACAGGCAGCUCGAAGACAAGCCAUUCUAGAACAGUAUAAAUUGAAGAAGGCCAUCGAAGAAGCAGAAAGAGAGGGCAAGACUCUGGAUAGGUCUGAACUUUCUUCUCUCAAACCUGCACUGAAGAUGCGACCUAGAGGUACUGCGCGACCUCGACCUAAAACUAUUCAUAUCGAUAGUGGUUCUGUCCAACUUGCCGAAGGAAUGUCUAGUAAGGGAAAAAAGGGUUCUUCCUCAAAUCUCACAGCUUAUUCUUCAUCCACUAUGAAACGAGAUUAUUUCCAAGGGUCACAAGACAGCUUAGCUGACAGAAGCAUGAGCAGUGGCAUGUUGUAUAAAGAUUCUCCUGAUGACAGCAGGGGAAUGUCUCCCUGCCACAGCGCCAAUCAGACCUUAGGAAGACGGAGCUCUUACAAGACCAGCCGAGACCCCUCUCCUGCUCAGGUACGCGGCAGACCUAAGUAUUCGACUUAUCAAAACUUUAAGGGGCGCAAGUCUAGCUCAAUGAUGAAUUUGUACGGCUCGAGCACCGACCAGGACAGCCUGGCGUACCGUUUCGGCGACACGGACUCCGGUCUGGGCAGGGCGACGCCCCCUCGCAGGGCGCCCUCGCCGGGCGGCACCGGGCUGCGCCAUCUGCCGUCGCCCUCGGGACCGGGCAGCCUGCCAGGGCUGAUGUCCAGGGGCAGGCGGAUGUUCGACGACGGCUCGAGCGACGUCAGUUCCAGCGCCAGCAGCAUGAUGGACUAUAACGGACCUCGAUUAUACAAACAACCCACCACGAAAUCGAAUCGCAGCAUAAUGCUGAACGCCGUGGAAUACUGCGUGUUCCCCGGCGUGGUGAACCGGGAGGCGAAGAAACGUGUGCUCGAGGAGAUCAACCGAUCGGAGAGCAAGCACUUUUUGAUCCUGUUCCGCGACGCCGGCUGCCAGUUCAGAGCUCUCUACUCCUACUGUCCCGAACGGGAGGAGAUCACGAAGAUGUACGGCACCGGGCCGAAGCAGGUCAACGACAAGAUGUUCGACAAAUUCUUCAAAUAUAAUUCAGGAGGAAAGUGUUUCUCGCAAGUCCACACGAAACAUUUAACGGUGACGAUAGAUGCAUUCACGAUCCAUAACUCUUUGUGGCAAGGCAAGAAAAUGAACCUUCCGAAUAAGAAGGAUAUGGCUUUGGUUAUUUAAACGAAUGAAAAUAUAGAAAUUGUUGUUAAUUAGUCAUCUAAUUGCGUAUUAUUUUUGUUAAUGCUUUAUUAAAUGUUAUUAUUUUUUGUUGCCAACAGUUUUCGGUUUGUCGAUUUGAACAAAUUUUUAUAUACUCUGCUUUGAAAGUUGGUAAUGAAUGUUAUAAGCCAAUUAUUCAACGUCUGAGAUAUUAGGUAUACAAUUCUCCCUUUUUUUGGAACAAAGUGUUUAUUUUAAUGUAUUUUCUUUUUUGUAUUUUUGCCUUUUGUAUUAUGUAUAUUUGGGUAUUCUUCAUAUUUUUUACGAUCCAUUUCUUUCGUGAAGAGUGAAGCUUUUUAUUUGUGCCAAUGAAACCACUUUAAAAUUUUCACUAAAAAAGAAUAUGUACUUGCUUAGUGUACACUAUUCUGUCCAUGGGAAAACAAUAAAAUUAUCAUAUUAGUGUCAUUCCAAUUGUAUUUAUAUUAAGAAAUAGAUUAGACAAAUGCAGGGCUGUUUUCUGGUAAAAUUUUGUUUUGCAGCCAGCUUCCAACCAAUUGACGAGUUAAACUAGCUAUUUUUCGAAAUGAACAGAGUUUGUUGGAAGUUGGCUUCAUCAUUUUACCUCUUUUUGUAAGUCACUUGAUAAAUUUCGCUUAGAAUGUUUGUAAAUUUGUUGUUUAUCGAAGAUACACCAGCGCAGUAUAUAUUUUUUUGUCAAAAAUUCUAUUAGCUUGCAUAACAGUCGAUUAUACUAAACGGUCAGUCAAGAUGGAGUCACAUCUAGAAGCUAAGAUGCCCUUCUCAAUAUCUCUAUCACCUUUAAAUUCAAUGAAAUUUACAAUUAUUUCAUUGCUUCCCAAUCUUUACUAAUAUGUGAUUGAAGUUUCCAGUAUGAUGCCAGGUCAGGUGAUUCAUAUCCAUCAGAUUGUUUUUGGGCUCUAAUCUAGUGGAUUAAAAAUUUAUAUUCGAAUCGGAAAGGCGAUUUUUUCCAUUCAAUUCACAGAUUUUAUUCAAGUAUAGACCUCAGGUAAACUGUUUGUAGUUCUAGAAAAAACCUGAUACUCAAAAACAAUCAAAGAUGGAAAUGAUCAUUUGGUGCUCCAGUAUUUAUUUUUCAUCAACAAUUUGUAGCCAACUUGACUGAGCUUCUAUGAAUUUAUAUUGAACCACAUGGUUUGUGAUCCUGAAAAUAUUUCUUAGGCCUUAAUUUUUUUACCUAAUAAAUAAUACGUCAUUGUAACAUUUAUUUAAUACAGCAUUACACUAAUUAUUUCUUGUCUGUAAAUAUUAUGUUUUUAUAAUAUAUGAAAUAUUUAUUAAUUAUACACUGUAUGAGUAAAAAAACACUCAAACAUUCAAUAAAAGUUUAUAACCCA